UUUGCGUUGUCACGCUGCCUCUGACAGCCAUUAGCAUCGGGAGCUAAAACUCGUCCGUGAACAUGUCCGUAAACGAGUCCACGUGAAGUUAAAAGUGCGUGUCGGUUGUUUUGUUUCCCGCGUAGUUAUAUUUCGUACACUUCGCUGUCGCAGGAUGUUUUCUUCCGUCUGGAAUUUCAUUAAACGCCACAAACGGAAGUUUAUUUUCACCGGAGCUGUAGUUGGAGGCGUUUACUUCCUGGGCAAAUAUGCCCAGAAGAAGCUGAGGGAGCUGCAGGAGAAGGAGGCGACGGAGUACAUCGCUCAGGCGAGAAGACAGUUUCACUUUGAAAGCAACCAGAGGACCUGCAACAUGACGGUGUUGUCCAUGUUGCCUCCACUGAAAGAAGCCAUCGUCAAUCAACUCAACUCUGAAAGUCUCACCGCGCUGCUCAAGACCAAACCAGCAAAUAAACUGGAGAUCUGGGAAGAUUUGAAGAUCCUCAGUUUCACUCGCACCCUGGUGGCAGUUUACAGCACCUGCAUGUUGGUCGUGUUACUGAGGAUCCAGCUCAACGUCAUCGGAGGAUAUUUGUACCUGGACAACUCAGUGGGGAAGAACGGCACUACCCCUCUCACUCCUCCAGAUGUUCAGCAGCAGUAUCUGUCCAGUAUCCAGCACCUGUUAGGAGAUGGUUUGACAGAGCUGAUGUCGGCGGUGAAGAAAGCCGUGCAGAACUCACUGGGAGGUGUGUCUCUCAAACAGUCUCUGUCUCUGCUGGAGUUGGAGCAGCAGAUCAGUUGGAUCAGAGCGGAAGUCGAGUCCACGUCAGAGCGCUCACUGUCCUGGUACAUGCUCGCUGACGACCAGGAGGUCCUCACUGACCAGGCGUGUGGUUUGACAGAAGACGACGUCAUGACGAUCAGGCUGUUAAACGAGACCAGAGACAUGAUGGACAGUCCUAACUUCAGCACCGUCCUCGACGCGUGUCUGAACCGCGGCUUCUCUCGUCUCCUCGACAACCUGGCCGAGUUCUUCCGCCCGCCUCCUGGUGACUCCGCCCCCAGCACUGCACCCGAUUGUCUGUCUGUAGUGAGUCUGCCUCUGGCGAAGGUCGUCCCCAUCAUCAACGGUCAGAUCAACACCAUCUGCAGUGAAAUUCCGAGUCACUUUGUUCAGGACCUGCUGCUCAAUGACCAGGUGAAGGAAUUCGCCGCCAACGUGUACGAGACGUUCAGCACGCCGCAGGAGCUGCAGAAGUGACCCGGGGGGGAGGGCACACAUAGCUCCUCCCCCUUUUCUGUGCGACGGCGGCGCGACUGCGACCACAGCAGUGCAUCCUGGGAGAAGUCACAAAACUGAAGGAACAGGAAUCUCCAGAGGGUUUCUCGUCGUCGCCUGUCGCACGUUUACGUUUUCCCUUCUUCUUCUUCUUCUUCUUCUUCUUCGUUUGUCUCAGAAUCAAACUUGUGCGUUUUCUCGGCAGCAGUUUUUGCGUAGAAAUAAAAGAACAUUUUAGAACAUGUUAAAUCUUCUGAUUUCAGUCUCUUCCUCUUGUUGUUUUUCAGCAGUUGGCCCCUAGGUGUCACUCUCCGACUCGUCGAGACAUGAUUUAAGUCUCUGAACAGCGUUAACGUCACUUCCUGUUUGUUUGAAUGUUUUUUUAAUUUAGUUUUUGACUCAAAAAUGAAAUUCCAACUUUUUUUAAUUUAAAUAUCUAAAUUGGAUUAAAUGAGCAUCACCUUUGUUUUUCUAGUUUCAUACACUACAUGUAGAGUUGUUGUUUUUAUAUUUAUUGACGUAUUAAACGAUCACACGUCACAGAGGAGAGGGUUUUUUAACAGUUUUAAUUCAUUUUGUGUGAAUUUAAAGCAGAUUUAGUGAAAAACAAACAGAAACAUGAGUUCAUGUUCUUUUUCUUUUCUUCACGUCACUCAACGGUUCCUCGCGUGGACAAAGAUCUAUUUUUAAACUCGGGCGUCGCUGUGAGGGAAGUUUUUGGAAAGUUUCGAUCUUCAGAAUAAAACAUGAUUUCCUUUUUCUCGGUUUUUAAACGGUUUCAAUCAAACAAACAACUUUCACUGUUUCAGUCGCAGACGACGGCCGGCGACGCCCACUCAGCUCCUGAUUCUUCACUCGUGCUAAAAAUGAAAUAAAUGAAAAUGAUGAUGUCAUGACGCUGGAAAUGUACAUUUGUAAAAAUAAAGACAGAAUGAUUAAUAAAGAGGUUUCAAAUAUU